GGAUAAAUAAAUCUGGACGCGAUAUUUGCUGGUGUUAUAUAAUCUCUUCGCCCAUCAUCAAAUACUCCAUUCUUCGCAAGGCAUUUAAUUGAACACACACAUUAUUCUAGCUGUACGUAUUGGCCGUCGCUGGAGAGGAUCGGAGGAGCAAUUGUUUAGGGUUUUUGGACGGAAAAAAGAGGUUCAUUUUGUUCGCCAGCUUCGUAGUUGAGAAGUGAUCAGUUAGAAUGAGGAGAAGAGCGGUGAAUAGCGCCGAGAAGGUGGAGGACGGUGAUAGGAAGAAGGCGGUGGUGAAAUUGGAGAGAAGGCUGCUCAAGUACGAGGAGCUGCCGGAGUAUUUGAAGGAUAACGAAUUUAUAACGGAUCAUUACAGAUGCGAGUGGCCUUUGAAGGAUGUAAUUCGCAGCGUCUUCACCUUGCACAACGAGACGCUCAAUAUCUGGACGCAUUUGAUCGGAUUCGUGAUUUUUUUCGGAUUGACGGUCAUCAGCUUGACGGACAAGACGACGUUCAAAAAUGUGUUGGCCGCUUUUUUCGGAGAGGGAAGCGACGGAUGGUUGUUCAAGGCGACGAUGAUGAUGAACCAAUCCAACGGCUCUAGCGCUUUCUUUUCGGAUUCAUAUCUGAGACAUAUAGCAGAAUCACCAAUAUUGGGCAUGAACAUAUACUCAAAGUCAGUCCCAGUAUGGCCUUGGUUGGUAUUCCUGGGCGGAGCAAUGACCUGCUUGAUCUUCAGCACAGUGUCGCAUCUCUUCGCCUGCCACUCUCGGCGGUUCUACUUCUUCUUCUGGCGGCUGGACUACGUGGGCAUCUCCCUGAUGAUCAUCUGCUCCUUCUUCGCCCCCAUAUACUACGCCUUCUCCGACCAACCUCACUGGCGCUUCGUCUACCUCUCCUCCAUCACAUUAUUCGGCAUCCUGGUCAUGGUCACCCUGCUGGCCCCUUCUCUCUCCAGCGGCCGUUUCAGGUCCUUUAGGGCUGCUCUGUUCCUCUGCAUGGGAUUCUCAGGCGUCAUUCCGGCCACCCACGCCGUCGUCCUCCACUACGACCACCCCUUGAUUCUAGGAUCCCUUUGUUAUGAGAUUGCGAUGGGGCUUUUGUACGCUGUUGGGGCGGUCUUUUAUGUGACCAGGAUCCCUGAGCGAUGGAGGCCCGGUGCGUUUGACAUUGUGGGCCACAGCCACCAGAUUUUCCACGUGCUCGUCGUUGCCGCCGCCUUGGCUCACAGCGCUGCCACGCUCAUUAUCAUGGAAUGGCGACGGGAUUUUACUGCCACGGCUUAGUAGGUUGUGAUGAUUUAAUCGCACGAGUUCCUCUAGUUUUGUUUCUGUUCUGCUUCUGCUUCUGCUUGUGAUGAUGAUGAUGAUAUCAUAUAUAUAUAUAUAUAGAUAUAGUUAUACUCAUUUAGAAGACAUAUUCGUCAUCCUAACUUUCAGAUUUCGUAUUCAGAACUAUUUGAUAAACAUCGAGGUAACUUAAUUGAAUGGAAAAUUAUUCAAAGUUAUUGAUCAA